AUGGAGUUGAGAGUGGGGAACCGAUAUAGACUGGGCAGGAAAAUUGGAAGUGGAUCGUUCGGAGACAUCUAUCUGGGUACUGAUAUCUCGGUUGGAGAGGAGGUAGCCAUCAAGUUGGAAUGUGUGAAGACCAAACACCCACAGCUCCACAUAGAGAGCAAAAUCUACAAGAUGAUGCAGGGUGGAGUGGGCAUUCCGACGAUAAAGUGGUGCGGGGCUGAGGGCGACUACAAUGUGAUGGUGAUGGAGCUGCUGGGGCCCAGUCUGGAGGAUCUGUUCAACUUCUGCUCUCGGAAGUUCAGCCUCAAGACAGUCCUGCUGCUGGCCGACCAGAUGAUCAGCCGCAUCGAGUACAUCCACUCCAAGAACUUCAUCCACAGGGACGUGAAGCCAGACAACUUCCUGAUGGGGCUGGGCAAGAAGGGCAACCUGGUCUACAUCAUCGACUUCGGCCUGGCCAAGAAAUACCGCGACGCCCGCACACACCAGCACAUCCCCUACCGCGAGAACAAGAACCUGACGGGAACCGCCCGCUACGCCUCCAUAAACACACAUCUGGGCAUCGAGCAGUCCAGACGGGAUGACUUGGAGUCGCUGGGUUACGUCCUCAUGUACUUCAACCUGGGUUCUCUGCCCUGGCAGGGUCUGAAAGCCGCCACCAAGAGGCAGAAGUACGAACGCAUCAGUGAGAAGAAAAUGUCCACUCCCAUUGAGGUCCUCUGCAAAGGCUACCCAUCGGAGUUCGCCACCUACCUGAACUUCUGCCGCUCUCUGCGGUUUGACGACAAACCCGACUAUUCGUACCUCCGCCAGCUCUUCAGGAACCUCUUCCACAGACAGGGCUUCUCCUACGACUACGUCUUUGACUGGAACAUGCUCAAAUUUGGUGCCAACAGGGCCGUGGAGGACGCAGAGAGGGAGCGUCGGGAGCGGGAGGAGAGGCUGAGGCACAGCAGGAACCCCGGAGCCCGGGGCAUGGCCUCGGCCUCAGGAAGAGCCAGGGCGGCUCAGGAGGUCGCAGCCCCCUCGCCACUCAAUCCCGCCUCUCACACAGGUUUGGAGAAGGAGAGGAAGGUGAGCAUGCGUCUUCAUCGCGGAGCACCCGUCAACAUCUCCUCCUCAGACCUGACGGGACGCCAGGACACAUCCCGCAUGUCCACCUCACAGGCUCUGUCCAGGGUCACACCCAGCGGCCUCCAGUCCGCAGCUCCACGGUGAAACCCUCCUCCAUCCACCUGUGCACCAUGGAGGCCUCAACAUGCACCACCUGCUGCACACACACACACAC